AACGUCGAGCCGAGGGGAUGCCGAGCGCGCUGCAUUCCGACGGGAUGAGUCACGCGUUGCCGCCGAGCCGGGAUGCGCUCCCCGGCUCUGACGGCUUUCAGGUGGAUGCUGCGGGAGCCGGCAGUGCUGGGCGCAGAGCGCUGAGCUCCGUGGCUGCUGCCCCACCAAACGCAUGGGGUGCGGUGCCACUUUUAGGGAUGGGAGAGCGGUGAUAAAUCCGGGAUCUCCCGCUGAGCUGAGUUUGGGCACCCUGUGGUUCACCGUCCUGCACUCAGCACCGCUGCCUGGGCUCCAUAGCAGGGAGCUUUUCUGGCCAUCCUCUGGGCGUUCCCCAUCCAAAACCCAUCCAUGUUGUCAUCCGGAAUCCAAGAGAAAACUCUGUAACCCCAAUGCAGUGUUAGAAAGCAGCACUCCUUUCUUCCCCGCAGUACAGACAGGCGACGUGACAAACAAGCACCCUCUCAGGGUUCAGUUCCACAUCUGAACAGCUGAGAUGUAUCUGCGUUGUAUGUGCACGCGCGUUCAUUCUUUUCCAAGGAGUCUCAUAGGUGCUCGUGUCCCUUUGGGCAAACUCAGUGCUAGGAAGGGUGGUCGAGUGCCCACCUUCUCCUUCCCCAUUUUCCUGAGCCCCCUCAGUGGCUUCUUCCUUUUCCAAGCAAUUCCCAUUGCUUGUGAGGCCAUGUUAGAGCAGCAUAUGUGGCAGCCAAGGAAGAUGUCCUUGCAGCUGGUGAUAAAAGUAUUCUAUUAUGACUCCUGGGCUUCCUGUGAGGCAAAGUCGUCGAGGCAAAAGAUAAAAAUAUUUUAUGGUGUCCUCAGUGCAAAAUUAUUCAGGAAGACAAGACUUUCACCCACAAAAGCCGAAAUGGAGAGUUGUAGAACUAUCGUUGCUGGGUUCCCUUUGCUGAAGUAAUUGGCUGGUUUUAAAGAAAUGUAUUAAUUCCCGUUGCUAAACGAUAUCAGUGCCAUGAAAACCGCCUCUGCUGGCUUUAAGAUCGGUCCCUGGUGCUGGUUGAGCUGCUCAGAACCCCAUCCUGCUCCUCACGCAGACCCUGCUCUGGUUUCAGUGCUGGAUGGGGCCCCAUCUCCCUCCUUCACCUCCCACCCAUCCCUCUCUCUGCAGCCUCCUCUGGUCCAAGCCAUCUUCAACCGCGAUGUAGAGGAAGUGCGGUCGCUGCUGAAUCAGAAGGAGAAUAUCAAUGUACUGGACCAAGAAAGACGAACACCUCUGCAUGCUGCUGCCUACAUAGGAGAUGUUGCAAUCCUCGAGCUCCUCAUACUGUCAGGUGCUAACGUUAAUGCGAAGGACACUGGUUGGCUCACUCCGUUACACCGCGCUGCGGCUUCUCGCAAUGAGAAAGCACUUCACCUCCUCCUGAAGCACUCGGCAGACGUCAAUGCCCGCGACAAGUAUUGGCAAACGCCUCUGCACGUCGCUGCUGCCAACCGGGCCACCAAGUGCGUGGAGGCCAUCAUCCCCCUGCUGAGCACUGUCAAUGUCGCUGACCGCACGGGCCGCACGGCGCUGCACCACGCCGUGCACAGCGGCCACCUCGAGAUGGUGAACCUGCUGUUAAGUAAAGGGGCCAGCCUGAGUACUUGUGACAAGAAGGAUCGCCAGCCCGUCCACUGGGCAGCUUUUCUGGGGCAUUUGGAAGUUUUGAAGCUGCUGGUGGCCCGGGGAGCCGACGUGAUGUGUAAGGACAAGAAGGGCUACACCCUGCUGCACACGGCGGCAGCCAGCGGGCAGAUCGAAGUUGUGCGUCACCUGCUGCGGCUGGGCGUGGAGAUCGAUGAACCAAAUUCCUUCGGUAACACUGCACUUCACAUCGCCUGUUACAUGGGCCAAGAUGCCGUGGCCAAUGAACUGGUUAAUUACGGCGCCAACGUCAAUCAGCCUAACGAGAAGGGCUUCACCCCUCUGCACUUUGCUGCUGUCUCCACCAACGGGGCCCUGUGCCUAGAGCUCCUCGUCAACAACGGGGCCGACGUCAACUUUCAGAGUAAGGAAGGGAAGAGCCCCUUGCACAUGGCUGCCAUCCACGGGCGGUUCACGCGUUCGCAGAUCCUCAUUCAGAAUGGCAGUGAGAUUGACUGUGCUGACAAAUACGGCAAUACUCCCCUCCACGUUGCUGCUAGAUAUGGCCAUGAGCUGCUAAUUAGUACUUUGAUGACGAAUGGUGCUGACACUGCAAGGCGUGGGAUCCACGACAUGUUCCCUCUGCACUUAGCUGUUCUCUUUGGAUUUUCAGACUGUUGUCGUAAGCUACUUUCCUCAGGUCAGUUGUACAGCAUCGUCUCCUCGCUGAGCAAUGAGCACGUGCUGUCUGCAGGCUUUGAUAUCAACACACCUGACAACCUUGGGAGGACUUGCCUCCACGCUGCUGCUUCUGGAGGGAACGUUGAAUGUCUUAAUUUGCUGUUGAGCAGCGGUGCUGACUUGAGGAGGAGAGAUAAAUUCGGAAGGACUCCGCUGCACUACGCAGCUGCCAACGGCAGCUAUCAGUGUACAGUGACACUGGUCACUGCAGGAGCCAGUAUUAACGAGGCUGACUGUAAAGGCUGUACCCCCUUACACUAUGCUGCUGCUUCGGACACGUACAGGAGAGCAGAGACUCAUUCAGGAAACAGCCAUGACACUGAUGAGGAGCCACUGAAGGAGUCCAGGAUGAAGGAGGCAUUCUUUUGUUUAGAGUUCUUGCUGGAUAAUGGUGCUGACCCAUCCCUCCGGGACAAGCAGGGAUAUACUGCUGUCCACUAUGCAGCUGCAUAUGGCAACAGGCAGAACCUUGAACUGCUUCUGGAAAUGUCUUUUAACUGCCUGGAGGAUGUGGAAAGCACCAUUCCAGUCAGCCCUUUGCACUUAGCUGCCUAUAAUGGUCACUGUGAAGCCCUGAAGACACUUGCUGAAACCCUCGUGAACCUGGAUGUGCGGGACCACAAGGGGCGGACGGCCCUGUACCUCGCCACGGAGAGAGGCUCCACCGAGUGCGUGGAGGUGCUCACCAGCCACGGCGCAUCUGCCCUGGUGAAGGAGAGGAAGAGGAAGUGGACCCCUCUCCACGCUGCAGCUGCCAACGGGAAUACUGAUUCCCUGCACCUCCUGAUAGACAGCGGGGAGCGGGCAGACAUCACCGAUGUCAUGGACAUCCACGGCCAAACCCCACUGAUGCUGGCGAUCAUGAACGGCCACGUCGACUGCGUCCACCUCCUCCUGGAGAAGGGAUCCACAGCUGACGCAGCCGACAAGAGAGGAAGGACCGCUCUGCAUCGGGGGGCUGUAACGGGCUGUGAGGACUGCCUGGCUGCUCUGCUGGACCACGAUGCCUUCGUUCUGUGUCGGGAUUUCAAAGGCCGGACCCCGAUCCACUUUGCAUCGGCGUGUGGGCACUUAGAAAUCCUGAGGACCUUGCUGCAGGCAGCCCUCUCUACUGACCCUCUGGACUCUGUGGUGGACUACAGCGGUUACUCACCAAUGCACUGGGCUUCGUACAGUGGGCAUGAAGAUUGUCUUGAAUUGUUACUUGAACACAAUCCGUUUGCAUACUUAGAAGGAAACCCCUUUACUCCAUUGCACUGUGCAGUAAUUAACAACCAGGACAGCACUGCUGAAAUGCUGGUGGAAGCAUUAGGUGCCAAGAUUGUUAAUAGCAGAGAUGCCAAAGGAAGGACACCCCUUCACGCUGCUGCCUUUGCAGACAACAUCCAUGGUUUACAGCUGCUUCUGCGCCACCAAGCCGAGGUGGACACGACUGACAAACUGGGGAGGACUCCCCUCAUGAUAGCCUCUGAGAACGGGCACACUGCAGCGGUUGAGUUCCUGCUGUACCAAGCAAAAGCAAAUAUAACUGUGCUGGAUGUCAACAAGAACACAGCUCUUCACCUGGCCUGCAGCAAGGGUCAUGAAAAGUGUGCCUUGUUGAUCCUGGGAGAAACCCAAGACCUUGGCCUUAUCAAUGCAAGUAACAGUGCUCUGCAGAUGCCGCUCCACAUCGCUGCACGGAAUGGGCUGGCCACCGUGGUCCAGGCCCUGCUCAGCAGAGGUGCCACCGUGCUGGCUGUGGAUGAAGAAGGUCAUACCCCAGCCUUGGCGUGCGCCCCCAACAAAGACGUCGCCGACUGCCUGGCACUUAUCCUCUCCACCAUGAAGCCUUUCCCACCUAAAGACGCCAUCAGCUCUUUCAGCUUCAACCUCCUCAAGAACUGCGGCAUUGCAGCCAAAACCGCGGCCUGCGGGUCUCUGCCCAACGGCAGCUCCUGCCCCUACGGCAAGGACCGGCACAGCGCCAUCGGCUUAGACGGCUGUUACUCGGAGUAGCUUAAACUAUGGGUGACCUAAUAUCUUAUUAUAUUUAUUUAGAAAUUCUAUAAAUAUAGGGCACUUUAAAGGAGAACAAGACUGGGCGGGCCUUCCAGCAUGGCCGAGUAGACCAAGAGUUCAACGCUUCUUCUUCUUGCUGCAGCACCAGCGUGGUGCUUGCGCUGCUAAUUGCUGUAACGAGGAGCUGGCGGUGCUGGCAGGGCUGCCCUGAGCACCGAGCCACGCUCCUCUGGCAUCCCCCACUUCUCUUGGGCUGCGUGGCCACAGAGAACCAAAAUGAGAAAAACUCAAUUCGUCCAAAAAAAAAAAAGCAGCUGAUUGGGACCAUCCGUCAGGCUGCUGACGGGAAGAGAAUUUGGCUCCCAGCUUUUGGGGGUGGGUCGAAAUCGGUUCCGUUGGUGUCCCCACGCUGUCUGCAAGCCGGAACGGGGAAGCCUGAACUCUUGGUGUGGGGUUGGGAUCGGGGUGGUCUCGCAGCCGCUGGGGUGUGGGUGCUGGCUCCUGGCCAAGUGCCACUGUAACGCUCCUCUCGAGUCACUUCUCUCUGCUCAUCCUUCGAUUCCAAUACAGACACUUGAAUCAAGAUCUACUGUACCUGGGACACUAAAAUACCCUUUUGGCAGCUGUCAUUUUUAUGCAAAAACGGGUGCUGCUGCCCGGCUCUGCGGUCUGCGUGCUGCGGACGCGCUGCUGGAACCUCGCUCCCCACACCAGGCACUUUAGGGAUUCUGUUGGUUUUCUGUUUUUGGUUUUGUUUUUGGUUUUGUUUUUUUUUUCCCUCUUGACAAAAUGUUGGAUCCUAAGAGACGAUUCUUUGAUUCUUUUUGGAGUUUUCGUUCUCUGUGUUGCAUGGCCGUUCCCAUGCGAGAGUCAGUGUUUGUUUUUUUUUUGUUUUUUUU